AAUGACACAUGAAGAGAAGGGAGUUACCUGCAAGGUUACUGGUCGUUGUAGAUCUGUUCUGGUGCGUCUGAUCCCAGCACCCCGUGGUACAGGAAUUGUAUCUGCCCCUGUUCCAAAGAAACUGCUGAUGAUGGCUGGAAUUGAUGACUGCUAUACUUCAGCUAAGGGUUGUACUGCUACACUGGGCAACUUUGCUAAAGCCACCUUUGAUGCGAUCUCCAAGACCUACAGUUAUCUGACCCCUGACACUGAUCACCUGGCUAAGACCCACACCAGAGUUUCAGUGCAGAGAACCCAGGCGGCUGCUGUGGCAACUACUUAAAUGUUUUUGUACAAAAUAAAGUGAUAAAUGAAAAAAAAA